GGUCGAUGGGUAGGAGGGUGGUGGUAUCCGAGCCCACUAGGGAUCAAAUUUCAGGUUUGACGUUUUGGUGUCUCAUUAAUGUAGAUUAGUUUUUCAGUGGGAGAUGGUGUUCACCUCGAUAGUGAGGCACAUGACAUUGUCAACCUUGAAGCGCCGCAACUCCGAUCCAACUUCCGAAGACGUUGUGUGAUAGUAUUUAUGUGGUGUGGUGUGCGUCUAUGUUGUAAUCGGUGUUUCAACAGAAAAAAGUUAAAAAAAAUACAUCCUAUUCAUCUUGUAUCUCUCAUAUUUUUGUGGUCAAAUUUACCAUUAGUUAGGAUUAAAUUAUCAUCUUACUUGCUACGAGGUAAGUAGGAAUCUUAAAAUUCUCUGAAAAUAUGGACCCAAAAUAAGGUGCAAAAUUGUCAAGUUUCCCAAAUGUAGUGCAACUCGUUUUCCCAAAAAGCUAGCGCAAAUCGUCUACUCGUUAUUAAUAGGUUGUCCAAAUUAGAAUUAUCUCUUCAUUUGAAGAUGCGCAAACAACAAAAAUGUUCAAUCAACUCUCCAUCCUAAUAACAACUACUACACCGAGUGCAUCGUUUGUUAGGACGGGGUCCAUUGAGCCUGUUUUAAAAAAAAUCAAAAAAUUAUAUGUAAAUGUUUCAAAAAAAAAUCUGCAACUAUAUAUACAUGUUCUUUAACUAUAUGUAAAGUUUCAUCAAAUAGAUUAUUGUCAUGCUACACAAAAAACACAAAAAUCUGGCCCAAAUUCAACAAGAAAAAUCUCAUUUUAAUCUAUGUAUUUGUCUUUUUCUUUUGUACAUCACAUAUAAACAUAUAUGUUCAUGAAAUCUCAUACGUACAUACUACACAUAUGUGCUUAUGUGUAUACUCUAUCUCAGAUUUUUUUUUAAGUUGUGUUAAAAAAAAGGUUUUUUUUAAGUGUAGAAAAUGUAUUUUCCACGAAAUAAAAUAAACGGCUCCGUGCAGCUCGAUCGGCCAUCAAAUGCACUUUCCGCAACUACACCUAGCUUCUACUCCUAGCUUUCCCACACGGACACCCUAUAUAUACACCGCACCAACGGCGACAGAAUUUCGCAACCAGCUAGCUCAGCUCAGCUCGAAGUGAAUCAAGCUCGCGCGAACCGAACAUGGAGUCGUCGGGCGACACGGCGCCGUUGCACUCCUCACCGACCCCGACGUCGCCGCCGGCAAUGGCGACGGGGACGGCGGUGGUGAUGAGCCCGUGCGCAGCGUGCAAGAUCCUCCGCCGCCGGUGCGUGGACCGCUGCGUGCUGGCGCCCUACUUCCCGCCCACGGACCCCCACAAGUUCGCCACCGCGCACCGCGUCUUCGGCGCCAGCAACAUCAUCAAGCUCCUGCAGGACCUGCCCGAGGAGCAGCGCGCGGACGCGGUGAGCAGCAUGGUGUACGAGGCGGCCGCGCGCGCGCGGGACCCCGUCUACGGCAGCGCCGGCGCCAUCUGCCAGCUCCAGAGGCAGGUCGACGGCCUCAAGGCGCAGCUCGCGCGCGCGCAGGCGGAGCUCGCCGCCGCCCGCGCCCACCACGCGCACCUCGUCGCGCUGCUCUGCGUCGAGGUGGCCACCGCCGCCGCCGCGCCUCCGCAGGACGCCUACUGUGCUGCCGGAGGCGGAUCGCAGUCCCAGCUCGCCGCACCCCCUGGUGUCGGCUCCACGCCCGCGGACGCGCUCUACGUCGUCGACGGCAGCGCGGUGGGCGGCGGCGGCAUCAUGCAGGCCGGGCACGUCGGCUGGGCCGACGAGCCGCUCUGGACAUGAGCGCGCGCAAGCUGGCGCGCACGGGAUGCAUUCGUCACUCAACUGGCCAACUGCUACUACUACUACGUACGCAUGAUUCGUGGGUGUAAUUACUAGUACUACAUUUUACUUAACUGGGUUAACCAAAGGGUUGACCUGCUUGAUGAAUUUGUUGGAGUUUCAAGAUGGAGGAAGAUCGAGUUUGUUUUGUUUUGCUGCAAAAAUAAUACUAGCACAUAGAAUAAAAAAUUCCGUCAUGUUGAAGUUCCAACAAGUUCUGAGAAGUCCUAAUCGAGACAGAAAGUUGUAUCCUUGCCUUCUUCUGCAGUUGUGAAGAAGGAUGUGGUUGGUUCUCUUGUGUGAUGUUAGGUCAAAUUGCAUUUCUAUCAUGAACAAAUGCAUGUCAUUUUCAAGAAGAGUAUCUUUAGUUCCUUACAUCCCCUUGUAAAUGUAACAUAUUGUCCUACGGGCACUUAAUAAAUGCAUGUCAUUUUCAAGAAGAGUAUCUUUAGUUUACAUCCCCAUGUCAUUUUUAUGUGAUAUAUUUGAUAUCAGCUUGAUUUUAACAUAUUGUCCUACGAGCACUUAAUGAAUUGGCAUCUCUUUAUUUGCUCCCGAAAUAACCAGAUAAAUUAGACAAUAACAGGAUUUUUUUGUUCAAACAACAUGAUGGAAGUUUCUCAGAAGUAGCAUUAGUUGAUUGAAAUAAGAAAACCGUAAAUUACAAGUACUAUAGAUGAAGAAAAAUGUUAUUCUUUUGACUUCUUCCUAUGCAGAAAAUGAGAUGAGGAAGCUCGAUGCAUUUCUCUAUGUUCUUUUCCUCAAACCGUCUUCAUUAUCCUUUUCAAAAAAAAAAAACAUC